AUGGGUUCCUGCGUGGCGUCCCGCCGGUCGCAGGCCGUGGAGCCGCAACCGCCCCCGCGCAUGCUGGGGCUGGAGGAGGAACUCUGGGAGAAAUGCGGCGGCCUGGAGUUCGACUCCGUGCUCGGCAGAGGAGCGGUCGUCCUGAUGGACGCGGAGUGGAUGGUGGGGCGAGCGGGCUCUGGCGGCGUCCUCGAGCCGCGCCAGGCGUUGCCGCCGACUGCAUUCAUGCCCCACAGCGCUGUCAAGGCCACCACGCCUGAAUUUAUGUUCCUCCCGUUACUGCACAUCGCGUGCAUUUCACACUGCUGGCUGCAGGCAAACCACCCGGAUCCACACGGGCACAACCUGCGCGUCUUGGGCAGGGCCCUGCAGCUGCUGUUGACAGAUUAUUUCGUCGAUUUCAAGGGCCGGUGG